AAUGGACGGUGAGGAGUACCACAUUGGCGCGGUUAUCGCUCCCCCUAGGAAGAAAAAAAAAUCGAAACUUCAUGCGGCAAUGCAAGAAUUAUCAGAAGCUAACUCUAGUAAUGCACAUCUAGCUGAAGAGCUAGCUAAGGCACAAGCCACCAUUCGUGCAUUGCAAGGCAAUCUUUCGUCUCCAAGAUGUGAAAGUGAGGAAACCAACAGUGUCGAGUUUGAUAAUGGGCUUGGCCCUAGCAGUACUAAGCGUCAAACUGAAUCGAACCGUCAUUCUGGGCAUGCCACCGUUGAGCUGUCCAGAUUCGUUUCAUCAAUGAAUCAAAUAUCGGUAUCUUCUAUCAGUGUCCCGGAAUGCAAGGCAAGUGCAGAGGGCGAAGAUAUCUCGAGACAUGACUUCGAAGCAUGGCAAGACCUACUGACAAACUCUAUGGCUCUGGCAGGCAUCAGUGAUGAGACGACACAGUUCAUAGUUUUCAAAGUCAAGGCAGGGCAGAAGCUGCUAGAGGUGUACCGAGCUACCGAAACAUCCAGCGACGCUCCCGACUUAGUAACAUGCCCCUAUUCUAAUGCAGUUUAUCGCCUCAAAAAGUACUACGCAUCCACUUCCGAUGUCAUGCUUCAGCGUCGGAGGCUCGCCUUAAUGACACAACAGCCAGAAGAGUCUGAUUUGUCUUUUAUCAGAAGAGUCGGAUUGGCAGCUAGACAAUGCGAUUACCCGGAAGCAAAGCUGUUUGAGGAAGUUUUGAGUACGGUUGCUGAACAAGCAAAACAUAGGGAGGUGAGAGUUGCAGCGCUCAAAAUGAUGAGCCGUAAAGCCUCCCUGCAGGAUCUUAUUGACAAAGUCCGGGAGAUCGAGACGAUUCGUCUAAAUGAAGCAUAUGUGUCUAAGAAACAAUCAGUCGUAGAAUCGGUUCCAGUUUCAGUGAACGUUGUACAGGCGGCUGCAGGACCAUCCCGAUAUGUCGCAAGAAGUUCAGUUCCAGCAUACGGUAGAACUCCGCUGCAGAGAUCCAAUGUUCGCGAGAACCGAGGACAACGCACAGUGCGAGGAAGCCGUGGAAGCGGCAUGGUAUGGCGCAACGCAGACUCGAUGGUACCAGAUAGAUGUACACGGUGCAACAGCGUCUACCAUUCUUCAGAAAGGUGCUUCGCAAUCAAAAUGGUUUGCCAUAAUUGCGGUGGCGUGGGACAUCUUCUGAGAGCGUGCAGCAAGCCAGUGAUAACGAAAAACAUGCGGUAUGCCGUUGAUCGCAGAUCGAAUAAUACGCCAUUUGAAGUAUCAAGUGUAGCGACUAAGGACGAGACAAAACUUAAUGAAGGAAACGCCGCAAAACCUGUUCUCGAGCCAAACACAAACACCGUAACGACACUGGCAGUGGUUUGUGAAUCGAAAGACAGCGGCGAGAUAACGGCAAGCGUAGCGGGAAUGCCCUGCAAGUUCCUCAUCGAUUCGGGUGCACAAGUCAACACGAUGACAGCACAAGUAUUUGAGAAGUUAAUCGCAAACGAUAAGUAUAGCAAGGAACUUCAUAACAUUCAACAAGGUACCGAUCGUAUUUUAAAACCAUAUGCAGCGAUAGGUGGUAUAAAUGUUUUGUGCACCUUCGAGGCAUUCUUACAUAUUUCGGAAGAUCGUCCAACACUACUCGAGAAAUUUUAUGUAGUUCAAGAAGUGCGAUCGUUACUAAGCAGGGCUACAGCGACCAGGUAUAGCAUAUUACUUCUCGGUUUGAAUGUUCCCGUAAGAGACGUGUCCGCCAUUGGCGAAUUUGAUAGUAAAUGGGAGAAAAUAUCGUUUAUUUGCUCAGAUACAAUUUUUCCCAAAUUCAACAUCCCCUCUAUUAAGAUUAGCUAUGACUCUACGAAGCCCCCGUGCCGUAAUAUUUAUAUGAAUAUUCCGGUUGCAAUGAAAAGCGUAGUGUCACAACGACUUGAGAAAUUAACAUCAGCAGGGAUAAUUGAACGCGUCACAGAUGAAAUGGACACAUCCUUUUGUUCAUCAAUGCUCGUUGUGCCCAAAGGUCCAAACGAUUUUCGACUAGUAGUUGAUCUACGGGGUCCUAAUCAGUGCAUCCUAGUUAAACUGGAAGGAGCAAAAUGGUUUUCGACCAUUGACUUGGCCAGUGCUUUCUUUCAUGUCGAGUUACACGAGAACUCACGACACUUAACCAAUUUUAUGACUGAGUUCGGUAUGUUCCGCUACGCAAGACUCCCAUUCGGUCUAUGCAACUCACCCGACAUAUUCCAAGAGAUAAUGGAACGUAUUAUACUAGAGGACUGUGAAGGCGUCGUAAAUUAUCUCGAUGAUGUAUUGGUUUUCGGUGCAACGAAACAGGAACACGACCGAAAUCUAGAAGCAGUUCAGUCAAGGCUCAAGGAUCACAACGUACAGGUCAAUGCUAAAAAAUGUGUUUAUGGCAGCCAAAGUGUGAAAUUUGUAGGCUUUGAAUUAACAAACGAAGGCUGGCGCAUUGAACAAGAGAAGAUUAAUGCCAUCAAACUGUUCAAACCACCAACAUCUUGUGCGGAGGUUAAAAGCUUCUUGGGGCUAAUAACCUUCGUUGAUAAAUUCCUUAUCGAUAGAGCGACCAAGACAGUAAGCCUGAGGACAUUGGCGAACGCUGCCCAAUUUUAUUGGACCGAGGCUGAAGAAACGGAGUUCAUUGCCUUGCAGACGGACGCGAUUGAAGCAAUCAAAACCUUAGGUUACUUCAGCAACAGCGAUAAGACUGAACUUUUCGUCGAUGCUUCCGCUGUAGGGUUAGGUGCUGUAUUGGUACAGUACAACACAAACGGUACACCUAGGAUUAUCGCAUGUGCCUCUAAAGCACUCACUAAUACGGAACAAAACUACCCACAAUCACACAGAGAAGCCCUGGCGGUAGUAUGGGGAGUUGAACGUUUCGCGUUUUAUCUUACAGGAAGAUCAUUCGUAGUGCGUACAGAUGCUACUGCUAAUGAAUUUAUCUACCAUUCUAAUCAUCGUAUCGGAAAACGAGCAUUCUCGAGAGCCGAAGGGUAUGCAUUGAGGCUUCAGCCUUACGAUUUCACAUUGGAAAGAAUCGGAGGUCAAGAAAAUGUGGCAGAUGCGCUAUCUAGAUUAAUACGUGAUUCCCAGAGCGCGGAGCCAUUUGAGGACGACAAUGAUUCCAACGUGCUAUGCACAUUGGAUGCCGGGUGCAUGGAAAUAUCUCUGAGCGAGAUUGAAAAAUGUGCAGAACAGGACGAAGAAAUGAAAAGCCUACGGUACGCCUUGGAACACAAAACAUGGUCGACCGAUCUAAAGCAAUACGAGGCACACAAGAAAAACAUGCAUAGCCUUGGAGCAUUAAUAUGCAAAGGGGACCGGAUUAUUUUACCGAAAGCAUUAAGGAUCAAGGCAAUAACUUCGGCACACAGCGGACAUAUCGGAGAGGUUGCGAUGAAACGAAUUAUGCGCGACUUUUUCUGGUGGCCGAGAAUGGGCAACGAAAUAGAAAAGUUCAUCAAAAGCUGUGAAACAUGUGUGCUUCUAUCGAGAAGGAAUCCACCAGUUCCUCUGUCGUCACGUGAAAUGCCCCAAGGACCAUGGGAAAUAAUACAAAUAGAUUUUCUCAUGGUGCCAGGAUUUGGAACUGGUGAGUUUCUCAUGAUCGUGGAUACCUAUUCUCGGUUCUUGGUUGUCAUUGAAAUGCACCGUACCAAUGCCGACGCUACUAAUGCUGCUCUUCAAGAUACCUUCAAGCGUUGGGGAUUGCCUCUGAUAAUUCAGAGUGACAAUGGGCCCCCAUUCCAAAGUUCUGCAUUCUGCAAUCAUUGGCAAGAAAAGGGGGUCAGAGUACGCAAAUCAGUUCCAUUGAGUCCGCAGUCAAACGGAUUAGUCGAACGACAGAAUCAGUCAAUAAUAAAAACACUGUCGGCGGCUAAAAUUGAAGGAAAAAGUUGGCGAAAUGCAUUGGAGAAUUUUGUGCAUAAUCAUAAUACAUUGAUACCGCAUUCAAGGUUAAAGGUUACCCCAUUUGAACUUCUCGUCGGAUGGAAGUAUAGAGGCACUUUUCCUAGUCUCUGGAACGAAACCGAAGUUAAGGAGUUAGAUCGUGUGAAAGUACGUGAAGCAGAUGCCGAUGCAAAGCUAGUGAGCGCGAAGUAUGCAGAUUUAACGCGAGGAGCUAAACCUUCAGACAUACAUAUCGGAGAUAUUGUAUUCUUGAAACAACCAAAAAAGUCCAAAGUUGAUGCAACAUUCUCUUCCGAGAGGUAUACCGUUGUGGCACAGGAAGGUUCAAAAAUGGUAGUGACAAGCAGCAAUGGAGUUCAAUACGCGAGGAGCGUUAACGACCUGAAAAAGGUUCCCGGCCCAUCAUCGGUGGGAAUCGCUUUGGAACCUGAUAUCAGCAAUACAUCUGAGGAUCUAAUGGUGACAGAGGAAGUUCAAGAGAAUGACACCGAACAAGCACGACCAGGGCUCCGUCAAAGGGACGAAAUGAUUUGCUCGACUAUCAAGAUGCCGGCGACAAUGGAUGAGCCGGAGGAGCCCCAAGACCCAGCUGAAGUCACAAGCCUUCCGGUGGAUAACCAACCAGACGUCAGCGACCAGCAGCGCAUAGUGGCCGACGACCGGUCAUAA